UUUGUCUUAUGUUUUUUAUUAUAAUGACAAUUCACUGUGUUCUGUAUCAUGUCAGUUGGACAACAUGUCUAAGUCACACAAAGCGAUGGGUGAUGGGGAAUGGCUAGCACGCCUGCAGAGGUUUGCCAGCUCAGGAGUGUGGCCUUCUGGAGAGGGCAACAGACCUGCUCCUCGACAGAAGAGGUGGCACAAACUGUACCAGAAGGGUCAUCCACCAGCCAAAGUGGACGCCGCAGCCAGCACCAGUGCUGUGGGUGCCACCUCCAGCACUAUUGCAGUGAGCGCCAGCACCAGUGCAGAGGACGUAACCCACAGCACUAGCACAGUGGGCACUGCUCUUGGCCGAGGCACACCACUGUGCAGUCCUGUCAAUCGGCCCAAAAUGUCUAUUUCAAUGUUUGAAAAGUCAAGGUUUGGGGGCUCGCAUGUGGCUGCAGCCAGGCCUAAUUGGAAUGUGCAGAGGAAACCCACUCAGACUCCACCGAUUCCUGCCACAUCCACAUCAACCUCUGACCCCCAACCCUCUCCAGCUCUCCGGCCCAUCAUCCAGCCCUCCUCUUCCUUCUUCCUUCCCCCAGCAACAGACACCACAACUCCACAGACUCCACCGAUUCCUUCCACAUCAACCUCUGACCCCCAACCCUCUCCAGCUCUCCGGCCCAUCAUCCAGCCCUCCUCUUCCUUCUUCCUUCCCCCAGCAACAGACAACACACCUGCAGACCCGGUGGAACUGCCGUUGCUCUGGCCGCAGACUAUGCUGCAGCAGGACCGGAAGUGGGUGGCUGAAGCCCUGUUUUGGGCGAAUAGCAAAGGCAAGCUGGAGCUGAAGGACAGUCUACAGCUGUGGUACCACCCCCCACCUCCAACUGUCUUAUACCAUCAGGCUCCCACUCCAGACAGGUUCUUCUCCCACCGGCUCCUGGUCUGGAUGCCCUAUAGGCUGUGGAAGGUACGCCUGCAGUGCACCAGCCCUGCCUGUGCCGGACAUCAGUUGUGUGGUGGUGGACUGCACAGGAGGGUGCGGCAAGUGCUGGACAUCGACAACCACUACAAUAUGGUCACAGAGACCCUUAUCUGCACCAGAUGUAGGUCCAGCUACCUGUCCUGGGGACACACCGUGCUGCAGCAGUUAGACCUGGCCCAUCGGUCCGAGUUCAGGGUCAUCCUCACCCGCAAACUUGCCUGUGACAUACGUGUCAUUCGCUUGUUGCGUGAGAGGACCCUGGGGAAUGGACCGGUGCGGCUCAUAGGUCAACUGAGAGAGAACCACAGUGAGGAGUGGUUACAGCGGGUCAGUCGGUACACCUCAGAGUGUAUGGGGUUUCUAAACAAACCCGGCCUCCAACAGCUGACGUUUCAGGAACCUCCACCACCUGUGCCAGUGCCAAACUACAAGUGGCUCCUCACUGUGUACAGCAAGGACAUCCUCACCAGGCUGGAGGACAUCAAGGCAGCCCUCACCUCCACUUAUGGGUCAACUUUAAAAAUGGAUUCCACCAAAAAGAUCACAAAGAAAUUGAGUGGGCCAGCGAAGGGGACGGCCCAGUGGCUGACGUCCGUGGGCAAUGAAAUCGGUCAGGUACUGAUUAGUGUCCUGACAGCAGACGAAGGCGGUGGAAUAGAUGCGAUGACAGCGGGGUUGGUGGAGCGAUACAGGAGGGCAGGUGUUGCUCCUCCGACUCUGCUGUAUGUGGACUCCCACUGCUGCAAGGAGGCGGGAGACACGAAGCUGAAGCAGAGGUUUAGUGGCUGGCCAAAUUUAAUUAUCCGCCUUGACAUCUGGCACUUCAUCCGACGUCUGGCUGGAGGGGUCACAACGGAUGCCCACCAGCUGUAUCCCAUCUUUAUGGCGAGGCUGUCGGCGUGCAUUUUUGAAUGGGACGCUGGGGACCUUGCCCAACUGCGAAGGGCCAAAAAAGAGCAGUUGACCCAAGAAGGCUGGCCUGUUCUGAUGGAUGCAGAAGUGGACAAGCACAUCUCCAAGGCAGAGCUGGCACUACACUGUAAGAGAAGGACACGAGGGACGGACAACACCAUCAGCCUCGUGGACAUGCUCAUAGGAGAGCUUAUUGGGGACAAGGGCAAAGACUCCAUGGGUGUUCUGCUCUUCGACACUGUGCGGAUGAUGCACUUGUGGCGGGUUCAGAAGCGACAUGUUGGCUGCAUUCAGGACCCCCCAAAUGUACAGCUCUACACAGAAACGGGGACGGUCACCAAGGGUGGAAUUGCCCUGAAAACCUAUAGGUGUGCCAGGGGCUCAACGUCGCUGGAGUCCUUUCACUGCCACCUGGCCAGAUUUAUUCCAGGGAACAGCGCCAACAGUUUAAAUUUUCAGAUCUAUCUGUUGGAAGGUAUAUUCCGCUGGAAUAAAGACCGUGCUGCAGCUGCUCUUGCAGGUGGUGGAAAUUCACCCCUGCGGACCUACACAGGGGAGCUGGUGUAUGCCGUGAACACCAACUACACCGCGUUGUUUGGCAGGAAAUUGGUCCCCCAAUUUUCUCCCCCUGCUGUACACACAGGGGAGCUUAUUGGAGUCCAAUACCUGUUGAGGCAGAGUAAACAGCCCCUGGAGGACAUGACCCCUGGCUCAGACAGGACCUCAGAGUUGCUGGAGGACCUUGAUAUAGAGGAACAAGGGGAAGAGGAUGAAGGCUUUGUGGAUACCUUGGGAGAGGAGGCCAUUGUUGAAAGUUUAGUGCCACCAGUAGCGCCUGAUGCUGCCCAGCCGCCCUCUGCUCCACCUCUGGUUAGCACCCAGCUGCCCUCUGCCCAGGGUCCACCUGCUCCAGUGCUGCUGCCUGCUGCCCAGCUGCCCUCUGCCCAGGGUCCACCUGCUCCUGUGAUGCUGCCCUCUGCCCAGGGUCCACCUGCUCCAGUGAUGCUGCCCUCUGCCCAGGGUCCACCUGCUCCUGUGAUGCUGCCCGAUGCCCAGCUGCCCUCUGCCCAGGGUCCACCUGCUCCAGUGAUGCUGCCCUCUGCCCAGCUGCCCUCUGCCCAGGGUCCACCUGCUCCAGUGCUGCUGCCCUCUGCCCAGGGUCCACCUGCUCCAGUGAUGCUGCCCUCUGCCCAGGGUCCACCUGCUCCUGUGCUGCCCGCUGCCCAGCUGCCCUCUGCCCAGGGUCCACCUGCUCCAGUGAUGCUGCCCUCUGCCCAGCUGCCCUCUGCCCAGGGUCCACCUGCUCCACAACGGUAA